UCGUCGAGUGUGGUUGUCGCGGUGAAGCGCUCAAGACUGUGACAGACCUCUGCGAGCGUUGAGAUUGCAUGGUGGGGCAAUAUUAAGUCUUAGAAGUUUUGUGUUCAUAGGAGAGUUCCACCAUGAUUUAAUUCUCUCUUAUGUAUGUGGAAUCAAGUGAUAAAAUUGUGAAGGAUUUGGUGAUGGAAAAAGAUUCCGUGUUUGAUUUGCUCUAAAGAAAUACUACUGUUUUGAAACUACGUCUUCGCGAGAACCUAAACUAACCGGCUCACCCUUGAUCAUAGAUGUGUUUGUGAAAUUUAAGGAACCUGAAAGGAAGUUCCUUAAUUUUUUUGGUUCUUGUGAGUAAAUCCAGUGCCUGAUAAUUCAUGAAAAUCUUUAAUGAGUUGUAAUAUAGACUCAUUAAGAAGAGUAGCAUGGAUCGUGCUGCUGCAACUCUCAUGCUGAGGAUUAUUCUGCUGCUCUUGUGUGCCAUUAUCACCUCAGCACGAAUAACGCAUGGACCGCCUGUGAUCACCGAACAACCGAAAGGAGGAGUGGUCCGCCGUAAUGACCCUUACACUCUUAACUGCGCCGCCCAGGACGCUAAGACAAUAUCCUGGUACCACAACGGGGAGCCGAUAACUGACCUCCUCAAAGAUCCUAGUUCUCCCAGAAUUUUGCUACCAUCUGGAUCCUUAUUCUUCCUUAGAGUCGCCACUACGAAGAAAGUCAACGAUGCUGGCACCUAUUGGUGCGUCGCUCAAAAUUCGGCUGGAUCCGUGCGGUCCGACAACGCUACCAUCGAAGUUGCUGCAAUUGACGACGAGUUUCUGGAAAUUCCCAGACCAACCAUAAAUGUGAUAGCUGGAGAGGCGCUGACUUUGCCUUGUCGUCCUCCUAAAGGCACUCCUGAACCUCAAAUUAAUUGGCUCAAGAACGGACAGGUGAUAGAGAGCGAUGGCAGAGUCUACACCUCCGCCAGCGGCGAGCUCAGAUUUCUCGUGACGAAAGCCGAGGACUCGGCUACGUAUGCAUGCCAAGCGUCCAAUGCUGCUGGAACGAAAAUCAGUGCACCCACUGAGAUCACUGUCAUGGAUCCCCCAAGCUUUGUGAUCGCUCCAAAAAAUCGAACCGUCACCACAGGAACAAUAUUAUCUCUUCCGUGCCAAGUUUCGGGUUUCCCAACACCCAAAGUUGAUUGGCUGCGGCUUGAUGGAAAGAUUCCAUUAGGAAGAGCCAGCGUUUCAUCCGAGAAUUCAUUGCAGCUAACACAAGUAACAGCGUCGGAUUCUGGCAUUUACGCUUGUGUGGCUGAAAAUGAAGCUGGUAUGAUAAGAGCUGAGGUUCACGUUGACGUCUUGGCAUUACCUUUCUUCAAGGAACGUCCGAAUGACCACGUUAUAGAAGUAGGUUCGACUCGAUUACUGCCAUGUAUCAUGGAUGGGGAUCCUCCUCCUAUUUUGAUGUGGCGCCUGCCCGGUGAAGACCCAACUGACAUUCUCCUUCCUGGACAUAAAAAAGGUCACAAUAGAGUCGAAGAAGACGGGAGACUUGUGAUGGAAAACGUAAAACUCUCAGAGUCCGGACUUUAUACAUGCAUGGGAACCAACUCGGGUGGUGGUGUAAGUGCACGAGCGAAAAUUUUAGUGGUUGAGGCAUUUCCUCCUCCAGUGGUGGGUGUUGGUCCCCAAGAUCAGACCAUUAGCAAUGGAGAUCACAUGACGCUUCCCUGCGAACCCGUGAGUGAAUCUUCAGAGGCGUCAGUGUCCUGGUGGUUCAGACCAGCGGCUCAUUUACCGCAGCAUGAGAUUGUCGACGAUCCAUCACGCGGUAUAUCUUUAUCAGCUAAUCACGCACUCACAAUUCGUAACACGAACAGAUCUAAUAGCGGAAUUUACACCUGUCGGGUGACAGCUGCCACAGGUAAUGCUGAAGCCACGGCUGUUGUUCGUUUCGAGGAGAAUGAAUUACUAGGGCACAGGCUCGAAAAAUUAUUACCUGCUCCUCCAUCUAAGCCAAGGGUAAGAGUUCUGAAUGAAACGAGUGUUCGGCUUUCUUGGCAACCAAAUUCAAGUCAGAUAGGCAAAAAAGACCCAGUGACUUACAUGGUUGAAUAUUGGCGUCAUGGGUGGAGUGAAUGGCAAAUAGCGGCUUCGUAUGUAAACACGGAAUCAACUAUUAUUUCUGACCUGACCCCGAGCUACACUUACACAUUUUUGGUCAGAAGUGUAACAGGAGGAGGUCAGUCGUUUCCGAGUCCAUGGUCAAAUCCAACAAGGCUGGAGCUUCUAAACAGCAACGUUAUGACGACAAAGAAUCGCUGGCAAACAGACAGAAGGUUUGACAGGCCUACGGUGGCCCUUCUGAGUGCUAAAGCUACUUCGUCAAGGAGCGUCUUGCUGACAUGGCAAGGACUUGAUAACGAGAAUCAAGAAAACGGCGUUCUGGUGUACUGCAUCAGUUACGAAACUACUCAAGGAAAUGCUGAGAAAAAGCCCGCAGCUGUGAGGGUUGCAACCGUCUUAGGAAGUUCAUCUUCCUCGCACCUUGUCAAGGGCUUGGAUCCAUACACCUACUACACCUUCUUCUUGGUCCCUUUCUGGCGCAACAUCGAGGGAGCUCCCACUAACUCGCUGUCGCUCACCACUCCCGAGGAUAUUCCUUCGGCUGCUCCUCAACAAGUUUUACUAUCGAAAAGAAGCUCUUCGGAGGCUUUGGUGACUUGGGAAGAAGUUGAUCCCGAUCAUAUACCAGGGAGACUUUUAGGUUACGCAGUCGUGGUCUCGUGCAACGGGUCCGUGCAGGACCACAACGUCACCACUCAUUGGCUUGAGCUGAAAAACUUGGUGUCAGGCUGCCUCUUAACAGCGCGUGUCGCUGCCAUGACAAGUACUGGCAUCGGACCGUUCUCGGCACCCACGCUACUGCAACUGGAGGACCAACCGACGUACACGAACGAUGAACCGGCAAUUAAACAGGACGCAAUGACGCCGAAUCACCACAUGUGGCUAAUCUAUGUUCUAAUUCCGUUGUUAGUUUUGAUAAUACUUGGUUUAGUUUUAUAUUUAAGAGGAUAUGUCAAAUGUCAGAAAUCCCCCGAUAGACAUUCUCAUUCAGAUAAAUGUCGUGAUCACUCCAUCUGCUCAUCUCAUUGUCAUGUUAACAUGUACGGAGAGCAUCACAAGACCUGGUCUGCCAUCGACACUCCACGCAUGCAGCCAAACGCUUGUCUUCUAAGACACAAUCAUUACGUGAACGACUAUGCAGAGCCUAACAAUCUUGUGCCGUCCGAUGGAUCUCAGGUGGAAGCCUAUACUACCACUGCUCUCAUGGCACCCACCUCCCCCCAUCACGAGCUACCAGGCCCUGGGCAGUGGACAGCUUUCCUUCCACCUCCUCCACCAUCAUGUCCGCCUCCUCCUUUAUGUCAGUACAGUGGCAGUGAAGGCACCACGUGUAGUAGCAGUCAUAGUAGUAGUGAUAGUUAUCAUAGAGGCUUCCAAAACAGGCAGCCAGUGGGAGUGGAACUCUGUUCUGAAGCGUCGUGUCCAGUGUACUCCAGUGGCAGUUGUGGAGGCUACAAACGCCCCUGUGAUGAGGCUUCAGAGCACACAUACGAAGCCUACAACCAGCGACCAUCUCACGGUGCCUACACUGAAACUCACAACCUUGUGGGUUGCCCUGAUUCUCAUCGCACUGUAAUGCACUACAGCCCCACGUCUUCCAACGCCAGCAGUCAGCGGGGGAGGCACGUUCCAGACAAUCAUCCUCCCUACAAACCUGAUGUUCCGGAAAGCAUUCCGCUCCGGAAAAGUCCUGUAGAUGAUUCUUUCCCAACAUUCAGUUCUCUGCACGCUGCUCCUAAAAGCUUACAUAGAUCAGACCAGAGACUUUAAAGCGUCAAUGAUUGUAAUUAAUAUCAAUAAUCUAGUUUCGAUACGAUUUCAUAAUAUACAAUAAGCGAGCUUUAAUACCUGUUGAUAACCAUUAGUCAGAGGAAGGAUAUCAUGAAAAUACUGAUUCUGUGCGAUUAAUGCAUUCAAAACUCAAUUAUUAUUGUACUAUGUACUUGGUGCUCGUUUAUGUUACGAAUGUUCGUUUUAAGCGAUGAUCAGCUAUAAAAAGUGCCUCUUAAUGUUUUAUUGUUAUUUACUGUUGUGUAUAUAUUUCAUCACUGUUGGCACCGCUGAUUUCUUCGCGUUGUUAGUUUAUGAAUCCCGUUGUCUUGUGGAGAAUCUGUUGCUAUCGUACUGUGAGAAAUUGCUAUCGUACUUUGAAAAAUUUCAAACCUAAGAAAGGAAUGCAUACUUGUUUCAUUAGGUAAUCUUUAUAUACCUAUCAUAACCUGUUUCAGUUUUUUCCAGACAGAUUAUCACGAUUAUUCUUAAAUAAAGGAAAAUUUUCGACCUUUGUUAUCUGAUGGCAUUUGAUUCUCGGAAAUUUCAUUCAAGCUGUUUUGGUCAUAUGGUUAUUAGUUUCGAAAAAGUGAGUUAUUUCUAGGAGUUUAAACUAAUUUUUAAUUAGUUCGAUUUAUGCUAUGUUUAAAUUUAUUUUCCAAACCAAACCUGCACAUUACUCUGCCAAAAUGCUUGGCCUUUCUAAAUGGUUUGGCGAGUCUCACUUUUUCUACGCUUUAAAUCGUUGAGUUAUAUUGAACUUUUCAUUGGAAACUUUAUAUUGCUUGGUAAAUGAAGUUUAGCGUGAGAUUUAGACUUAUCUCGAAAAUAAACCAAGAAGAAAAGUAAUAAUUGAAAACAGUGUUUUUUAUUGGCAGUGCGUAGGGUAUUUAUCGAAAAGAACCCAAUUGUAUUUCAUGUCACAAAUUAACUUCUGUGACACAUUUUCUGCGCGCCUUUUGUUAAUAAAAAAAUUGGUGCAUCAAAUUGAUGAAAUUCAGAAUAGGUUUUCUCAAGCCAUGAACGAAUUCUCAUCGUAAUUAAUCCCGCAGUUUCUUAUAGCUUAGUCGUCAUUUUUCAACUGUUUCUGCCAUUCUCGAUUUCAAGCAUCGCAACAUCAAAAAUAAUAGGCUUUGGUGCUCUGUUCGCGGCGCGUGUGAGUUAAUUUUGCUUCUGAUAAUGAAUCUGAUAGAUAAUGAUGCUUCUGAUAAUGAAUCUUGCUGCUAUAGUUCUUCUUAUAACCUCAAUUAAAAAAACGUUAUUCAAAACUUUUUCAAGAUUUUCCUCUGUCGUUGCGAUUGAUAAUCCCGUUUCAAUACUUGUAUUAGAGAAAGUUGAACAACUCAAUUGAAUGUAUUAGCUUUUAUCUUUUGUAAGAGCGGAAUUUGUAGUUUUAUUGGACGGGUUCAUUAGCUGUAGGAUUUUGUAAUACGUGUGAGCGCUCCUGGCGUCUGAAUCUAAGUCAUUUGUAAAGAGAUAUUUAUUUUUUAUAAAAUAUAAAUUUGAAAGGAAA